AUGUCACAAAGCAAGAUAUCAGAGGGCGAAGCAGACUUGUACUUGGACCAGUACAACUUCACUACAACAGCUGCAAUUGUUGGGUCUGUAGAUAGAAAGAUAUUUGUUCUUUUACGUGAUGGUAGGAUGUUGUUUGGAGUCCUUAGAACAUUUGACCAGUAUGCGAAUUUGAUUCUCCAGCACUGUGUUGAAAGAAUAUACAUUACUGAGGAAAAUCAGUAUGCUGAAUGUGAGCGUGGCGUUUUCAUGGUUCGUGGCGAAAAUGUGGUUAUGUUAGGAGAGAUUGAUAUCGAUAAGGAAGAUAAACCUUUGGAGUUAAUGGAAAAGGUUCCCUUUGAGGAUGCGCAGAGGUUCAAGGAUCGGUACAACGAGGAAAAGUUCAAGAUAGAGACUCAGAAAACUAAAGAAUUGGCGAGGUUUGGGUUAAUUAAUGAUUUCCACAAAUCGGAUAUGUAUUAG